GCAGCAUUAAACCAUCAGAGCUCUGAGAUGAAACACACUUUGGUCUGCUUCAUCUUCCUCACAGCACUUCAGGAUGGAAACACUGGUUUGGUCAAAGCACAAACUCUCACCCACAGAGCAGAGGAAGGAGGAAACAUCACAGUUGCAUGCAACUUUUAUUUCUCAGGAAGCAGGAAACUCUUCUGUAAGGAAAAAUGUGAAAAAGGAAACAUUCUUGUGGAAACAUCUGAUGAUGCAGCUCAGAACGGCAGAUACAGCAUUAAAUAUGUAAAAACAGACACUCUGUCAUAUAUUAUGUAUGUGAGCAUCACACAGCUGAAUCAGUCUGACUCAGGACGGUACAGGUGCUCUUUGGACAGAGUCUUGUUGACAGAUGGAAACGAUGAUUUUGAGCUGAUUGUCACAGAAGCUUCAACCACUUCAACACCAAACGGGACUCUGAGACCUUUUUCAGCUUCAGUGUUUCUCUCAUCAGCCUCCACACCACCAACAACACAGAGUUUAAGCUCAACUUCAGGAAUCCCCACACCUUCAUCAACGACGAUGUCACCAAAAAUGGAAAUAACACAGAGUUUAAGCUCAAGUUCAGGAAGUUUCACAUCUUCAUCAGCCUCCACUGAAACCAAACAUGCAAGAUCAGAUGUGCUGAUUUAUGUGGGUCUGAUUCUGGUCGUUAUGAUCGUCGUCUUAUCAGCAGCUCUGCUGAUUUUCUACAUGAAGAGGAGGACCACUAAACCCAGAGGACCUCCUGUGGAAACAGACACACAGGUCGACAGGUUGUAUGAAGAUAUUAGAAAGUGUGACAUACCGAGCAGGUCACCUCCUGUAGAAGUGUCUUCAGUUUAUGCCACCUCCAAAGACCCCCGUUCAGAUGGAGUUGAAAAUAUAGACCUCUACAGCCUCGUCACCUCUCCUCAGAACAAUGCAGAUAACCUCUGCUACACUGAAGUGCAUUUUCCCCACAUUCCUGUCACCAGCAGCGCCCCCUGUGGUGAAGCAACUGAUGUUGUCUACUCGAUGCCUCAGACCUGAGUACUGCCAUCCACACCAGAGAUGCUUCACCUCCUGUGUACUCUACUGUUUCCUCACUAUGAAUACAUUAGUACUUUUUUUAAACCUGUCCUGUCCAGCAGCUGUAACAAGCGUAAUGGUCUGAAUGCUUUGUUGUGCCAAACAUAUUUGCUUUCCCAAGAGGGGCACUGUAGACUCUCUGUAGGCUCCUCUUUUUAUGUUUUUGUUUUAUCUAUUUAUUUUAUUUUAUUAUUCAUAUUAUUCUGUGUGUGGAUAUUAUGUUGGAGCGGACAGGGUGUGAAGGUUGGAUUGGCAAAAGAUAGGUGAAGAAAUUUAGAGGAAUAGAAGAAGAAAAACGACAGAAAAACAAGAGAAAAAUAUGAGGGUGGGGGAAAAAUUGAGGAUGAAACAAGCAGACAUGCUGGGUCUCCAACUGCUGCAGCUGUGACAAAGUACACAAACAAUAGGCAACACCUGAAAGACAAAGCACAUCGUGUGUGUGUGAGAGAGAGAACCAGAGAGAGAGAAGAUGGGAGUGUGUAUGAUUGUUUGUCAUGAAACGUACUGAAAAAUACUUGAAAAAUGAGGGUGAAGGCCAGGGAAAGACCCAAGAGACCCCAGCUAUCUAUAGCUCCCAAGAGAUCUGAAGAUCUGAAUCCCAACAACCAUACGUUCUAUAGCCGAGGGAAGACAGAGGUCCCGGACGGAGUUCCUAUAGCCAGCAGGCAACCAACCCCGCUGGCCACCCCAGCACAAGCCAAAGGCGAGACUCAAUAACUACCCAACACCCAGCGGAGCCCCCACCGCAUGACGAAGAGGCCCAAGCUAGCCCCGGACACACACAGCCAUCCCCACACUCAGAAGUGUGGAUGGACAGGUGCCUUCCCAUAGCCAGCAGUGAUCCCGGGACGCAGUCAACCAGUCCCCCAAUCACCAGCCAGCCUCGGCAUCAGGCAGGGUGUAGAAAAUUACAUGAGUACUUAAGGUAUGGGUGAAACCUCAACUAUCUCAGCGGGCAACAGCUCAGUACAAAUGAUGCUAAAGUUAGUUUAUCUUUAUUUAUUUAUUUACUUUUGACAUAUUUAUAGCUUAACUGCACAGUUAUAUAGCCUCAGGUUAAAGUUCAUUACAGCUGCUUAUAAUUUAGCUCAACAGAUACAAAAAAUGUUGCUAUUAUGAUUUUGUAGGAUAGAUUCAGUGAAACCAUUGCAGGAAACAGACUGCUAUAAUUUAAGGACAUGUCAUAUAAGGAAGACAAAAAGUGAAGA